CCGGUCUGUCCGGUGAGCGUAGAGGCAGCAGAAGAUGAGGAGAGGAUGAGCUGAAGACACGCUGGGAGGAUAACUGCUUCACUGUGAGUGACUUUUUUAACGACUUCAGACUAAAACACGAAAAUCAGAGGAUCAUAAAUCUGCAGCAGACUGAGUUUAGUUCACUUUAUUUUCUGUUUGGGGCUGCGAGGGUUCAGUUUGCAGAGAUGGUGUGAGAAAAAAGACACUUUGAGGUUUAUUUACAGAAGAGCAGAACCGGGUUAGAAAAGCAUGUAUAUUGAAUUAAAGUUAGCUGUGGUGAAAGAGUUUGUGAUUUUAAAGAUUAAAAAGAGGAGAGGAGGAAGAAACUACUCAUGAAUUAUCAUGAAAGCAGAUUUUCGACGUUUUCUGAUGAUUUAGAUGUUGGUAAAACUUUCUUCUAAUUGAUCUGAUCUCCCUUUGCUGAAACUGUUGAAGUCCUCUAAGUAUUACUUUUUGGUAAAACGUUUUUUCCAUAUAUUUUAACUGUGAAAAACUUCAUUAAAAAACAUCAAACUUACCCUUGCAGAUGAAAAAAAGGCAAUUUCAUCACCUCAUAAUUCAAAGCUUUGAUUAUUAUUUUAAUGAGAAUAUUUGGGACUUUAAAACCAUCGAGUCUUCAGUCCAAACAAUGGAGAGUUUCCAGUCUGUGAUUUCUCUGUGCUCCCCUCCUCCUGCUGGUAUUUAUGACAGUUGAAUACAAUAAAAAGCUCUGCAUUUAUCCGGACCCUUGUUCCUGCAGAGGACAGCAUCAUGCUGAGUCUACUGCGCCCCCUGCUGGCCGCCCUCCUGUACCUGCUGCUGCUGCUGCCCGGUGCUCACAGCAGGUUCCCCGUCUACAACAACGGCUUCCACUACCAGGACAUCAGCAACGGCAACGGCAACGGAGAGAGUGAGUCCUGCUGGUCCUGGCUUUGGUUAAGAAGAUCCUUCAUUAAAGAGACUCAAAAACUCAAUAUUCAGCAUUAGAAGACACAUCUUCUGCAAAGUGGUUUACUUUAAUAAGCACUUUACUACAAUUUACACAAUAAUAUGGGAUCACUCCAACUUUUGUUUUAUUGGUGCUUCACUUUAAGGAGUUGUUGCCACUAAAACAUCAACUUUUGCACCUUAUCUGCUUGGAUAGCAAACUUUCUGAGCAUAAAAAGUUGUAGUGACUGCUUUCCUUUAACAAAAAAGGCCACUGGGGGGUUUAGGUUGGUUUGCAUCUGUGAUACGUUAAAUUAUCAGUCUGGUUUGAGUGUUAAAAAGUAAUUUAUUAUUAAAAAAAGAAAGAAAAUAUGCUGAUCCAGCUCCAAAACUUUUGCCUUUGAAUGAAAAAGUGAUAAGAUGAAAUGAGGUUAAAACAGGAUGAAUGAAAGGAUGAAAAACGUUUAACAGAAAAUUAUCAGAGCUUGCCACGCCCCAUUGUCUGACCACACCUGUGAGAUUUAAAAACCCGCCAAAGAUCCCAAAACCACGCCUCCCUGGAUGUUACGUACCUAUAGUAAUCAAACUAAACGAAUAUAUUUCGGCUCUUACAAAAAUAGUCCAGGAGUGAUUAUUAAAAAGUCACAUGGAGAAACUGUAACUCUCUCCACUCACACCUGUUAUUCCUGCUGCUUUUCUGUGUCUUUUCUAGUCUAUUUUAAUGGCGUUCGUCUCCACGUGGAAUCCCCGGAGCAUGCCGUGUCAGCCACCAGGGGGAGCAGCGUCACCCUCCCCUGUCACUUCCACUACGAGCCUGAGCUGACCACGCCACGCAGGACCCGGGUCAAAUGGUCCUGGUUACCUUCCAAUUCCAUCAGCGCACCCGUCUCCCCGUUAGCCUCCACCAUGGAAACUGAGGUGAUGGUUGCCAUGGGUAACCGCCAUCGCAGCUACGGCAGCUUCAAGGGUCGGGUGCGCCUGCGACGCUCGGCACCUGGUGACUUGUCUCUGGUGAUUAAUGAGCUGCAGCUCAACGACACGGGAAGAUACCGCUGUGAGGUGAUCGACGGCCUGGAGGACGAGAGUGUGACGGUGGAGCUGGAGCUGCGAGGUGAGGAGAGAGAGAGAGAGAGAGAGAGAGUGUGUGUGUGUGUGUGUGUGUGUGUGUGUGUGUGUGUGUGUGUGUGUGUGUGUCUUUGUCUUUGUAGUAAACAUGUUUUUGUAAUUUCUUGUGUAAAAUUCUUAGAGUUUUGACUCUUUCAGGAUGGCACAUAAUGAGACCCUUUUCUCCCACAGUAUUUGCUCAGGAGGUCCCUGAAUAAACAGAUUUAUAGAAAAUAUAAUAAUAAUAACAAUUUACUAACAGAACACUGAGAAAAGGGGAGCAAAAGUAGACCGAAACCUUCUUUAUAUCAGGCUCUGAACAUGUUCAAAUCAGCCGUAAAGUUAGACUUCUUAACAUGGAGCCUAAUGGGGAUUGAUCCAUUCUUGGGAUCUGCCUCAAGUGGCCACCUGAGGAACUGCAGCUUUGGGGACUUGAUUGCUAGUUUCAACCAUUUACCAUGUACAUGAAACAGACUGUUCUCUCUCUCCUGAACAGGUGUGGUGUUCCCCUACUUCUCUCAGAAAGGACGCUACCAUUAUAACUUCUUCGGGGCCCAACAAGCGUGCCAGGAUCAGGACGCCACCCUGGCUACAUUUGAGCAGCUCUUCACAGCGUGGGAGGAGGGGCUAGACUGGUGCAACGCCGGCUGGUUGGCUGAUGGCACGGUGCAGUAUCCGAUCACUGUCCCACGCGAGGGCUGUGGGGGCACGGACUUAGCUCCUGGUCUGCGCAGUUACGGACAGCGGCAUCGCCUCAUCCACCAAUACGACGCUUUCUGCUUCUCUGCAUCCGUCAAAGGUCAGUUUGUGUGUUUAUCAUGGAAAAACAAAUCCAGGUUAGAUCGCCAACUUUGUCAGCUGAGGUCUAUUUACAUCGGGUAAAAAAAAGGAUUUAAGUUUUACAUCUGCAGAGCAACAAAAUAAGAGAAAAGAGUGAAUUAAAAACUGGAAAAAAGCCUUUUUUUUUAAUCAUCAGUGACCUCUUGAACUUGCCUGCAGUACCUCCUCUGCCCACUAGGGGCUGUGACCCAAGCUAUUGGAAUUGCUGAUGUAAGCGAUCUAAAUGUAUUUAUCACUGAGGCUCAUUUUUAUUUCAUCUCACAGAUAGAUAGAGUUCUUCUUAUCUUAAUUUACACAUACAGAGAAAGAACAAGCCAUCAGUACGGUGGCCCUGAAGACACAAAUGAAAUACAAUUCAUGUUUAUUUUUUAACAUAAAAUACUUAAUAUUAACAUAAAAAAUUAUUUCAGAGUGCUGAAAUAUUUUGAGAACCUGGUAAUAAAAAAAUGGCAAAUUUUACAUUUACAAACUUUUUUUGUGUGUGUGAUAAAAUUUCUGUGCAGUUGACCUUUAGGGCCACCGUACUUCUGCCUGUCUAGUUCAUCAUAGAUACCUCUGUCACUGUCUCUGUGCUUGUUGACAGAAUCUUUGACUCUCCUCCUCUGGAGUAACAUUUCACUACGCCCUCUAGUGGAUACAUUAUGUACUGCCUCUGUCAGACAUAUAGGAUGCAUGGGAGUAUGUGGGUUGUCAUGGAUUUUCAUUUAUAAAGGAAACAUCAAUGAGUCUGUUGAUGGUUGUAGAUACUGAACUCAGCUUUAACUCUAAUUAACUCUCAUUAAUGACAGUAACAGUCUCUUCUCUGGUGAUCCCCUCUCUCUCUCUCUCUCUCUCUCUCUCUCUCUCUCUCUCUCUCUCUCUCUCUCCAGGUACUGUGUACUUCUUAGACCAGACAACUAAGCUCAGCUUUAACGAAGCGGUCCAAGCUUGUGUCAGUGAUGGGAGUCAAAUCGCCAAAGUGGGCCAGCUGUACGCCGCCUGGAGGAUGACGGGAUUGGACCAAUGUGACGCCGGUUGGUUGGCUGAUGGAAGCGUCCGUUAUCCAAUCACAAGGCCCCGAGCCAACUGCGGCCCCCCAGAGCCAGGUGUGCGUAGUUUUGGCUUCCCCUCUCCGUACCUGAAAUUUGGCGUCUUCUGUUAUCGGUAGAUGUUUUUUGGUCACCGGAGAAAAGAAACAACUUUGAAAGCUCACUGGUUCAAAAUCUGCUCGAGAGGUUAGCUUAAGUGGUCGCAGUUUUUUCCGUUUCUGAGCUAUAUGAAGUCGUCUCCACCUCAAAAAGACUGUAGUCGACCUGAUGUCAGAAAACAAUCAGUAAACUAUGUAAACCCAUCAUUUGAUGCCACUUGUACAUCUCCUCUACAUCCAUGGGCAUUAAUAUGCUGCUACAACCCUCAACUCAUCUGAACAGGCUGGCGAUAAGGUUUCUGAAUCUGUCAGAUUUCCUUCAAAACUCGUAAACAAAGUGCCUUUAUGAAGGGCACCUUACAAGGAACUCCACAUGAUAAAACAGGCUGACCUUGUUAGAUUAACGAUGUAGUAUUUUAAAUGUAUGCAGCACAAAAAAGAAAGAGUUUCUACAUUUUAAGAAAUUGAAAAAACUAUCUUGAUAUGAUUUAAUGACGAGGACAAUAAUGAAGAGCUAACUGUUAAUGUGGAUCAAAAUAAGCACAAUCAGAGAAGCAAAUACAAAACCUACCGAUCAUAAAUCUGCAAAAACAGGAUAAUCUGAUCCAUCUCUACUGAUUGUACAAUAUUUUUAGUGCACCGUCUAUGACUCCACAUGCUUUAAUAACACCGGCUGGAGUUUGCAGUAAUGAAACAGGUUUAAUGAAUUGGAUUCAAGUGUUUUUAAUGUGGAUUUUCCUCUUUUUUUUCUAGCUUUUUUAAUGUCAUUCCUUACAGCACGAACAACACAAUUUGAUCUAUGACUCCACAUGCUUUAAUAACACCAGCACCAGUUUAAUCCCAUCAAUCUGUGUAUUUAUAACAGGUUUUUUUUUCACUUUUAAUGCUGUUCCUUAUUACAGAAACAGCUGUGUUUUUCUUUUGUAUGGAGAAUAUCUAGAAUAUGACAGUUUUAAUCUGAUAAAGUCAACAUGUGCCAUUAUGUGGAGUUCCCUUUAAGGUUUAGUGAGUGUUUCCAAGUAUUUUCCAGUUUCAUCUGUCCACUAACUGUAGUUCGUUUCCACCACUUUCAGUCUCUCUGAUAAUGUGAAAUAUUCUGAAGUAUUUGUUUGUCUACUGAAAUACUCGUUUAUGCCACUUUACUAUUUGUGAUGCCACUUUUUUUUACUUUUAUGUGUAAUCAAUGGAAGAAAUAUCUUUUUUUUUUUACAUCUAUUAAGAAAAAGAAAAGUCACUGUCUCAUUACUUAUAUUUGUCUGAUUUUAUUACGCUCUGUAUGUCUUUGCAUUUGUACCAUUUUCUACGAACUGAUUAAAAAAUACUUCUGUUAAA